AUGCAUCAAGCCUUAGCUCUCCAUGUAACAGCUAAUGAAUCCAUCUUCCAUAACUAUCAAUUGGAUGGUCAUCAGAACACCCUCUAUGCCUACAAUCAUAGGCAGUUCUACUGCAAUGUACCAUCAGUGUUACCAUUGAUUUUAGCUCUGGGAAUUCUCGAGCAAUCCUCCAAAAUUGCACCUCAAGGAAGGUUUGAAGAACUUCAAACUUCUGCAAUUAUCCUUCAAAACUGUAAAAUCAUUCCUGAUACUGGCUACCCUACACAAGAUCCAUCGUAUCGGGCAUCUCAGGGACGACCUUGGAAUCUGUUCUCGAGAACUAUUAUCAUGGACCCUGAUAUUGAUACUAUAAUCCACACUGAUGGAUGGGCAAGAUGGCUUGAUGACCAAAACACUGGUACUUGCUGGUAUGCUGAGAUUGAGAACAAGGGAGCUGGUACAAAUCAGACCAAGAGAGUAACAUGGCCAAGCAUCAAGAAAAUAACUGAGAAGGAUGCUGUGCAGUUCAUAGCUGAACAGUUUUUUGGUAGGAGUUGA